AUGGCGGCCCGCGCGCCCCCCGCCGCACCUGCGGCCGAGGAGCCGGGCGGCCCCGGCAGCCCCCCGCGCCGCAGGAAGCCGCGCUCCGGCCUGCGCCGCGCCUUCAGCUGGCUGCGGGGCAAGCGGCGCAAGAAGAAGGCGGCGGGGGCCGAGGGCGCCGAGCCCGCCCCCCGGGCCAAGAAGGCGGACGACAAGGCCAGGAAGGCCAAGGGCAAAGGCCGAGGCUCAGCCAAGGCUGAGAGCGACAAGCGUCUGAGUGUCGGGCCCGGCCAGGGGCCGGGGGCCGCGGGGGACGAGCACCAGGACAACGUCUUCUUCCCCAGCGGACGGCCGCCUCACCUGGAGGAGCUGCACACUCAGGCCCAGGAGGGGCUCCGCUCCCUGCAGCACCAAGAAAAGCAGAGAUUGAACAAGGGUGGCUGGGACCAUGGCGACACCCAGAGCCUCCAGUCCUCCCUGACGGGGCCGGACGACGACAGCAUCUCCUUCUGCAGCCAGACCACAUCCUACACGGCCGAGAGCUCCACGGCCGAGGAUGCUCUCUCCAUCCGCACCGAGAUGAUCCAGCGCAAAGGCUCCACCUUCCGACCUCAUGACUCAUUCCCCAAAUCGUCCGGCAAGUCGGGGCGGAGGCGGCGGGAGCGGCGGAGCACGGUGCUGGGGCUGCCGCAGCACGUGCAGAAGGAACUGGGCCUGCGGAACGAGCGCGAGGCACCGGGGACCCCCCGGCCUCCGGGCCCCCGGGAUGCCGUGCGCAUCCCCACGGUGGACGGCCGCCCCGCGCGCCUGGCCCCGGGGGCCGGCGCCCGCGUGUCGCUGCAGGCGCUGGAGGCGGAGGCGGAGGCCGGAGCCAAGGCGGAGGCCAUGCUGCAGCGCCACAUCGAGCGCUUCUACCGGGACGACACCUUCGUGGGCCGGUCCACGGGGGCUCAGCCGCCGCCCAUCCCCCGGCCCAUGUCCCUCGCGGUGCCCGGACUGACGGGAGGGGCGGGGCCCCUGGAGCCCCUGAGCCCGGCCAUGUCCAUCUCGCCCCAGGCCACCUACCUGUCCAAGCUGAUCCCGCACGCCGUGCUGCCGCCCACGGUGGACGUGGUGGCGCUGGGCCGCUGCAGCCUGCGCACGCUGAGCCGCUGCAGCCUGCUGUCCGCCAGCCCGGCCUCCGUGCGCUCGCUGGGCCGCUUCUCCUCCGCCUCCAGCCCGCCGCCCCGCAGCCGCCACGCCUCCUCCUCCAGCGACACCUGGAGCCACUCCCAGUCCUCCGACACCAUCGUGUCCGACGGCUCCACGCUGUCCUCCAAGGGAGGCUCCGGGGGCCGGCCCGAGGGCUCCGUGGCCAGCAGCGGCGUGGCCCCCCCAACCCAGGGCGGCAGCGGGCGGGGCUCGCCCAGCGGGGGCAGCACGGCCGAGGCCUCGGACACGCUCAGUAUCCGGAGCGGCGGGCAGAUGUCCAGCCGGAGCGUGUCCCUGCGGAAGCUGAAGCGGGCCCCGCCGCCUCCCCGCCGGACCUACUCGCUCCGCCAGCGGGGCUCGGCGGCCCCCGACGGGCCCCUGGGCUUGCCCCCCAAGCCAGAGCGCAAGCAGCAGCCGCAGGCGCCCCGGCCGCCCACCACCGGCGGGCCCGAGGGGACCGGGGCGGCGCCCUGUCCGUCCAGCUCGGCCGGCAGCUGGGUGCCCGGCCUGUCUCCAGGCGGCUCCCGCCGUGCCCCACGCUCCCCGGAACGGACGCUCUCCCCCUCCAGCGGAUACUCUAGCCAAAGUGGUACCCCCACCCUCCCUCCCAAGGGUCUAGCAGGGGCCCCUGCUUCCCCAGGCAAGGUCCAGCCCCCCAAACCCGAGCGGGUCACGUCCCUCCGCUCUCCUGGGGCCUCUGUCUCCUCCUCCCUCACCUCUCUGUGCUCCUCCUUCUCGGACCCGGCCCCUUCAGACCGGCCUGGUCCCCAGAUAGCGCCCACCCUUGGUGACAGGUUUGUCAUACCUCCUCACCCCAAGGUGCUGGCCCCCUUCUCCCCGCCUCCCUCCAAGUCCAAGAGCCCUAACCAAGCUGUCCCUGCCCCGGCUGCCCCUGCUCGGGUCCCUGGGCCCGUCUCUGCCGCUGAUGUCCGUCCUGAGCCCUCUUCCACCCCCGAGGCACCCCUGACUCCGGCUCUGGAGUCUCCUGCUGCCUCCAAAGACCAGUCGCCCCCUCCCUCCCCGCCCCCAUCUCACCAUCCACCCCCUCCACCCACUAAGAGAGUGGAGGUGGUUGAGGAGGCCCCACCUGCCUCAGAGACUGAGGAGCCCCUCCAGGAUCCCAGCUGGCCCCCGCCCCCACCCCCCGCGCCCGAGGAGCAGGACCUGUCCAUGGCGGACUUCCCCCCACCAGACGAGGCCUUCUUCCCUGUGGCUGGCCCUUCAGAACCCCCAGCCCUGGCCAACUCCCUGGCUGACCCACUCUCAGCUGCUGUCUCUCCUCAGAGGCAGCCCGGUGGUACCCCAGAUCCCCCAGCCCCGCCAGCACCCUCCGCCGGCUCUGCCACAGGGCUGGCCUCGCUCCCUCGGAAGGAGCCAGUGGGCUGCAGCAAGGGCAACGGGGUCCCCAAGGAGGAUGCCGGGGCGCCCCUGGUCACGCCCUCCCUCCUGCAGAUGGUUCGACUGCGUUCCGUGGGUGGUCCCACGGUGGCUCCCACCCCAGCCGUGGGGCCAUCAGCCCCCCAGAAGCCACUACGAAGGGCCCUGUCCGGGCGGGCCAGCCCAGCCCCCGCCCCUUCCCCAGGGCUCCAUGCCGCCGUCCGACUCAAGGCCUCCAGUCGGGCUGCCAGUGAGAGUCCUGCGAACGCCCAGCCCCAUGGGCCGCCCGAGGCGGAGCCACGGUCUCCCCAGUCCCCUGCCUCCACGGCCAGCUUUAUCUUCUCCAAGGGCACCAAGAAGCUGCAGCUGGAGCGGCCCGUGUCCCCCGAGAAGCAGGCCGACCUCCAGCGGAAUCUGGUGGCCGAACUCCGGAGCAUCUCGGAGCAGCGGCCGCCCCAGUCCUCGAAGAAGCCCCCCAAGGCUCCCCCGCCCGUGGCCCGCAAGCCCUCUGGGGGCGUGCCCUCGCCCACGUCCCCCAGCUUUCCGCGGGCCGAGCCCCUUGCCGCUCUCCCGAGCAACGGGCUCCCCCAUGGGGAGGGCAGGACUAAGGGGGAGCCGGCCGAGAACGGAGGCGUGCAGCUGGUGGGCCUCGAGGAGAAGCUGGGGCCGCCCGGCUCAGACCCACAGAGCGAGCUGCUCUAA